GGAACAAAAGAUGGCGACCAGCACUACGUUGAUAUAAGUUCAAAUUGGGCCCAAUUUCGUGUUCUUGUGUCUGUUGACGAUUUUAAAAAAAGGUACUGUUAGAUACCUUAUCUCUUCAAAAUGGUUCUCGCGGAUUUAGGACGGAAAAUCACCACAGCGCUCCGCUCCUUGAGCAAUGCAACCAUCAUCAAUGAAGAGGUAAGAGAAACUACCUCAAUGAUGCACUCACAUGUAAUCACGAGAUUCCUGUUCAUUAUUUAAGGCUCUCUAUAGUGUUGGUAGUAGCAGCCAAAAUUUCGGGCCUGAAGGCAGAUUUUGACAAAAGUCCUACUAAGAUCAGGACAAAAAAUUGAUAAAAUCAUCCCUGUUAUCUGAAUGGGAUGUAUCUUCUUAUUGAUGUGUGUUUAAGUUUGAUAUUCAUGACAAAUUGGAACCGAAAAUCGAAAGUCACUUCUGUUUUAAGACAAAAUAAUAUACAAAGUUGAUUUGGGAAGUGAAACAUUAAAUCCUUAGCGUAUACCUGCAUCAGUUUGAAUUUUUUUUCUUCACUUGUACCGGUCCAAUUUUAUGAAGGAGUAAAUCACUCAUGCAUUAAUUUGUAUAAAUAGUUGUCGUGUUUUGGGUAUAAUGAGUUCAUAUGUUAACCUAGUUUUUACCACCAAAAUUCUACUAUCUUAACCCUUUCAUACCUAAGAUCUCAAUAGCAAUUUUCCUAACUGUCUGCUACACAUCUCUUCUACUGUUAGUUCUAAGAAUUUGGUAUUGGAUCAACAAAUGAUCCCCUAAUUAAUAUUUUUAAUUAGGAGAUAUUCUGUUUUGGUCACUUAUGGCAGUUAAAGGGUCAAUGAUUUUGGUGUGGAUUUAACCCAUUAAGUCCCACUAGUGACCUAGACAGAAUUUCUCCUUACACAAUCAGUAUAAUGUCAAGCAAACAAGUGAUGAGAACAAAGAAAAAUAUCAAUUAAGGGAUUGUUAGUUGAUCCAAUUACAAAUUCUCUAAACUAACAUCAUACGAAUUGUACAACAUACAGUAAGGAGAAUUACUUAUAAGAUCCUGGGAGUCAAAGGGUCAGAGCAUUGAUUUUUUAUAAUCAACAGGUCCUUGGUGCUAUGCUCAAAGAGAUCUGUGCAGCUCUACUAGAAGCUGAUGUCAAUGUCCAGCUUGUGAAGAAACUCAGAGAAAAUGUCAGGUAAAGUGAAUUUCUCAUUAAAUUAGUUUAAACUGCACUACACGACAUUUGUGGCCAUGGAAUAAAAAACUCCAUGUCAUGGAAAUGACAUGGAGUUUUUAAAUAAAUGAAAUAAAAUUCCUCAACAGCUUAACUGAUGUAGGUUGAAACUAAAAUAAAAAACAAUUACAAAAGUUACACAAUACAUGAUAUAAAGAAAUAACAAAAAACAUGACGGAAAGAGGACUGUGAAACACUUACAUUGUUACAGCCACAGAAGAGACCAAGACUGAUACUACAAUUGCAAAACUGCUUAGCCAAAAAAUAAAUUAAAAAAAAAAGGAUAAGCAAAACUGAUGGUACAUCACUGACCUGCACCAGGUGCCAAAAAAAGAAGUAAACACGCAUAUUGCUGCUAUAUUCAUAUUGAUAAAUUAUGCAAAGUAGCAAUAAAGUGGCAAUAAAAUGACAAAAAAGGCACUAAUGAAACAAUAAGUAUAAACAUUUCCUUGUUACAGGGUGAGAAGACUUAAAUAAUGAAUUUCAAACACCCAAAGAAUCCAACACAAAAAAAUUUCGUACUCAGAACUUACAUUGGUAAUAGGCCUUAGAGGAGUCCAAUUGAGUCUGUAAUAAAGUAGUGAUUAACAAAAACUGAGAGCAACAAAGGGUGAGUCCAAUUUGUUAAUCGGAUGGCACAAAGUCCUGUUACCAAUUAAUCAAAAUUUAAGGAAUAAUCUUUACGGCCGGCUUUUUAUUUUCUUAUUAAAAAAACACAACAGCAAUACUUAGCUCAGCAAAAUUUGCAGCAAGGGGGCGUACACACUACUUUUGUGUAAUUACAUGUACAUAUUAAACAUGAUGCAUGCACUGUCCAAUUCCAAGCAUGGCACAUACACUGUUCUAUUAGUGCUCAAAUGGAACUGGUGAUAACCAAUCACAUUAAAGAAUUUUAUUAUAGUUUUGAUAAUAAUCGAAAAGUGUUAGAUACCAUAAUAGUGGAGCUUGCAGAGUGUAGCCCCAUAAUUAUACAAAAUAGUUGUAACCCAUCAAGCCAAAAAAAUUUGGACUUACAACUGUACCACCGUAUGACCAACCAUACCAGAUGCUACUUUUAACAUGCGUGGUCAACUGUACCACGGGCACACCAACACCACGGCUUUGUCCAGUAGUCUAGUGGUCAGUGCACUGAGCUCCAAGUUGGACAACCCGGGUUCUAGUCCUGGCGUUGUGCCCUUAAGACGUGUGGGAAAAAAAAAUGAAGCUCUGCUUUUAGACUUGGCUAAAUCUAUAUAUUAUUUAACCAGUAACUUUAAAUUAUGUCUCUACCCUGUACUCCUUGUUUAGAUCUGCUAUUGAUUUUGACGACAUGGCUGGUGGUUUAAACAAAAGAAGGAUGAUUCAACAUGCUGUAUUCCAGGAGCUGUGCAAGGUCUGUAACAGUUUGGCUUUUUUUUACUUUUCUUAUUUUGGUAGAAAAGUAUCUAAUUGUAAAGGUGUUCUUUUGAUCACUUUGGCUAACAUAAGACAUUUUAUUAACUUUAAAAUGCUAUAUCACCUAAAAAUUCAAUGUUUGUUUACUUGUUUUUUUCUGUUUGUUUGGGUUUUUUUUUUCAAGAGUAAGGCUUUUCAAAAACUUUUAGUUGGGACUAAAGAAAACUGCAAUGAUGAUGGUGACAAGAUUGUAAAUUGUGAAACUAAAGCUUUGCAUGUGCAUUUCAUAACUUUAUACAUUUUGUAUCCAUCCCUUGUAAAAGAACAAGGUGAAUUUGUUUGCCUUCCUGUCACUGUCAGUGGGUUGAAAGUAAUUAAGCUUCCCAGCUUUUUAGAAUAGUGGACAUUAAACCAUAAUCAUAGUAAGGUAAACAUUUUUUUGUCCACCUGUGAACAGCUCGUUGAUCCUGGUGUUAAACAGUGGAAUCCAAGCAAGGGAAAACAAAAUGUAAUCAUGUUUGUUGGUCUGCAAGGAAGUGGAAAGACAACAACAUGCAGUAAGGUUGGUUCUCCUCAUCCAUUUAUACUCAUCAAGUUUUGAAGUUGACUUUCAUUUGCACAAUGAAUUUCACUUUAUGUUGUUUUUACUUUUCAUACAGCUAGCAUAUUACUAUCAGCGCAAAGGAUGGAAGACUUGCCUAAUCUGUGCAGAUACAUUUCGUGCAGGUAAGACAUGGCAACAAAGAAACUCAUAUUUCAGUACAGUACCUGUAAAAUUACUCUCUAGACAGGUGACUAUGAAAAUGUGCACAAUCUCAUUUAUUAAGAAUUAUAGAAUAUCUUAUUUAGAAGUACAUCCUCAAACCUUUUUACUGUCAAGAUCCAUGUAGUAAUUCUCCUUACUUACUGCUGUACUUUUCCUCGUGAAUUAAACAUGAGAAUUUGGUCUUAUUCCAAAAUAGGACACUCGAUGAUUAGCUUUUCUGUUCUUAUAACUUUUUUACAAGAUUACUCAUCAGAAUUGUAAGGAGAAGUUACAGGUUAAUCACUUCUGGGAAUGAAAAAGUUAAGAACACCUGAGUGUGUCAGAUGCUCUGUGUUUUCCAAGGCCUCUUGUUUUAAGUACUUGGUCUGAUUUUCUUUCUUCAGGCGCUUUUGACCAACUCAAACAGAAUGCUACUAAAGCAAGAAUACCAUUUUAUGGGAGGUAAGAACAGCCAAGUUGUAUAAAAUGUACUGAAGGUAGCUCUCAAUAAAUAUUUAUCGUCCACAAUGAAUUCCAAUAUUACGGUAACCAUGAUCAUUUUUUGUUUUCUUCUAGUUACACAGAAAUGGACCCUGUUGUUAUUGCUCAAGAAGGUGUUGAUAAAUUUAAACAAGAGAACUUUGAGAUAAUCAUUGUAGAUACAAGGUGAGUGUAGUUUUAACCCUAAACCUCUAAGAGUGACUAACAUGUAAUUUCUCCUUACAGCAUUACUCCUGAAUCAAACAUUAAGGUCAUGAGAAUAAAGGAAAUGAUCAUCAUCUUAAGAAGCUCUUGAUUGUUGAACAAAUUCUCCUUGUCAAAACCUUAGGAAAUGUCUAGAGAGUAGUAUGGAGAAUAUGCAUCCUGAUGUUAGGAUGUAAAGGGCUUAAAAAAGAGAAAGAGAUUAUGGUAUCAUCAGAGAGAUAGCAGUACUAUGGACAAAAUUCAGCUAACAGUAUAAGAGUUUUUAAAAAGGAUGAGAGUUGGAUGAAGAGGUUUAGGAGCAGGCAGAGAAGAAUUAUCAGUGUAAAUAAAAGGCUGCUAAACACAAAAUUUUCAAACAAAGAACAAAAACAAAGAAAAUUGAUAGCUACUGAAAUUACUCCUGGAUCAACCUCAUUCCCAGAGUCUCAGAUCUUAGAGGUGAUUUUCUCAGAAUUCUGGCAAGUCUCUUUUGUUAUCAAGAAUAAAUUGUGGCAGAUUUAAAGCUCCAACUUAUUCUUGGACCAAAAGCUUCAUCAGCUGUAAUAGUAAAAUCUGGGUUAAUAUCUUAAUCAUUGUGAAUAGGAAGAACCUCUGAUCAGAAAUAGACUGCAAAUGUUGCAAGUUGCCAGCACUUACUGAAAACCCUGACUAUGCUUUUUGCUUACAUCGCAUUUGAUGUUUUGCCUUUACAAUGCAUAUGUUCUACAUGCACCCUUUAAUUUACUGCUACUCUUAAGGAUCUGAAGUCUAUGUGUGAUGAUUAGUCAAUUCACAUUCAAUUUGACGUUUUCUUCUCUAGUGGAAGACACAAACAAGAAGAAUCACUGUUCGAGGAAAUGCUGCAAGUGUCUAAUGCUGUUGUAAGUGCUUACUUCAUUGUGCUUGUCUUCAGAACAAAUUGCUGUAUUUGGACAGUAAGGAUUUGUACAACAAACAUAUUGACUUUUCUUUUUUUAUUUUUUGUCCCACACAGGACCCAGACAAUGUUAUAUUUGUAAUGGAUGCCACGAUUGGACAGGCUUGUGAGGCACAGGUAAAUAUGAUGAAUCAGCCUCUAGUUAUGUUUUAUCCUCAUUCAUUAGAAUUUCUUUUAGCAUAUAUUGCUGCAAGCCUCAAAGGUGGUUUACUUUAAUUUCUGUGUUAUUUACUUUUUUAGGCAAAGGCAUUCAAAGAGAAAGUCGAUGUUGCUUCAGUUAUUGUUACUAAGUUGGAUGGCCAUGCAAAAGGUGGUGGUGCAUUGAGUGCGUAAGUAUUACCAGUCUGUCUUUUUGGAAAUUAAGGUGUUACCUUCACUUCUUGUCUUGAGUCAAAGGUUUUUUUUUCCAGUCUGCAACUAAAUUUUUUCCCUUUGUUACCAAUAACACCUUGUAAUGAAUUAAAUGCCAUUUGACCUAUGGAUGAAAAUCAAGCAGAGAAAUGAUCCUUGCAAGUGGCAUGAAUCUUUUGUAGUUGCAGGAAAGAAGUCUGAAAAAAUUCAGGCUUAAAUUACAGGAUUCAAAUUGGUGCCUCCUCUCUGGAAGUCCACCUGUGAGGAUCAUUUAUUUGCUUGAUUUGUUACUAAUAUUAACUAAACUUUAAAAAAAAAACACUUCUGACUGUGACUCAGCCAUGACUCUUGUGAUGACCUUUGGUCUGUUUGUCAGAACAUCAGUCACUGCAAUUUGUAAAUACUACUAUCAAUCUUUUUCAGGACUAUCUUAUGUUCUACUUUUGUAAAAAUCACCAUAAAUUGUCUUAAAAUUCACAUUGCCACAUAUUUUUCUCCCAGCACUCCACUCAGUUUUGUUCGAUAUAAAUUGUAGUUUUUUUGUCAUGACAGAGUGGCUGCCACCAAGAGUCCCAUCAUUUUUAUCGGUACUGGGGAACAUAUUGAUGAUUUUGAACCAUUUAAGACAAGACCAUUUAUCAGUAAACUGUUGGGUAGGUUUCAAUACAGAUUAAUCUACUAUUAAUAUCAGUUGGUACACAAUACAUUGGGUUGAAAUUCUAUAAAAACCCAGUGCUUUGUCAUUUACUCUUACACUUUACAACCUAAACAUCAGUAUGCAUAUUCUCCUUACAGUUCUCUAUAAAUUUCUGAAGGUGCUGAUAAGGGGAAUUUUUUUAACAAUCCAGAGCUUCUUCAGUUGGUGAUCAUUUUCUUCAUUCUUGCGACCUUAAUGUGUGAUUCAGGGUUGAUAUUGUAAGGAGAAAUUAGAUGCUGGUCAUUUAGGGAUGGAAGGGUCAAGUAACAACUCUGUGUUUAUUCAAAGGUAGACUAAUGUGAAUUAACAAAGAGCUUAAGCUUGAAACAUCAGCUUUAAGACUCUUUAACAGUGGCCAAUUUACGCCAUCAACUGAGUUGAUCAUACUAAAUUACCCUGUAAUCCGAACUAAGUGCUGUCUUCUUGUGUCUUCUUUAGGAAUGGGAGACAUCGAAGGACUGAUUGAUAAAGUCAACGAAUUGAAGCUUGAAGACAAUGAGGAACUUAUCGACAAGCUCAAACAUGGUGAGAACUCCUAAACAGAUAGUAGUGAAAUAUCUAUUUACUAGGUUUUUAAAGGCAAUGAUCUACUGGUCAUAGUAAUAAAAUUAAUGUAAGUGGCAAUUCAUGUGGCCUAAUCUAUUAUUUAUGUAGGUGUUUUCAGUUUACGAGAUAUGUAUGAACAGUUCCAGAACAUCAUGAAGAUGGGGCCAUUUGGCCAAAUCAUGGUAAGCAGCUUUCCGAUAUUCUUAAUUAUGGCCCCAUUCUUGAAACAGCCGUUUGAAACAAGAGAGCAAAGGAGACAGUGCUCAAGCUGUUUUAGUUGUUAACCUGGCUUUAACUCCCAUGAGUGACCAAGAAAGAAUUUCUCCUUACAAUAUCAAUACAAAAUCAAGAAGACAAGUGAUGAGAAGCAUUAGAAAAGUAUCAAUUAGGGGAUUAUUAGUUGAUCCAAUACUAAAUUCUCAGGAGUAACAUCAGAAGAAUUGUAUGGCAGACAGUAAGGAGAAUUACUAAUGAGAUCGUGGGAGUUAAAGGGUUAACACCAAUGAAAUUAAAUCUGACUCUUCUUUUAAAUUUAACUUGUGCAAUUACUGAAAUGUUUCUGGUAAUUUUUUGUUUCUUUGUUGUUGUUUUUUUAGGGUAUGAUACCUGGGUUCAGUAGUGACUUCUUAUCAAAAGGAAAUGAACAGGAGUCAAUGGCGAGAUUAAAAAAGCUAAUGACCAUUAUGGACAGCAUGAAUGAUGAAGGUAAAAUGUCUGUUACUGCUAUGUUCGAGUUCUAGGGGAUCGUUUCUUAUUCCGCCAGGGGCAUGGCUCUGUAUUUAUUUUGCCUGAGGAAAGGUAGUCUUCGUAGGGGUGUCAUGCAUCGCUUCUUGCGUGACAUCCCGUAGAAUGACUAUGAACGACCUCAGAGGAAGUUACUUCUAAACAAUAAAAUUAAAAAAGUCAUAGACCUCUUACUAUGCUAGGAAGGUUUGGCCUCACACAGAAAAGCUACAGUUUUAAACUGCGCGUGCUAUAGUAUUCAGUAGGGUUGUACAAUGCAGUGCUGAAUAAGAAGAAGGUUUAUUUACAGAAACUUUUAAUUUUCGUGCUAAAACACAACGACUCUUUUCAUUUUCAGAACUUGAUAGUCCCAAUGGCGCAAAGCUGUUUUCCCGCCAACCGGGGCGUUCCACGCGGGUAGCACGUGGCAGCGGCGUGUCUGUCCGAGAGGUGCAAGAGCUCUUGUCACAGUACACCAAAUUUGCUGCAAUGGUGAAGAAAAUGGGUGGAAUAAAGGGCUUAUUUAAAGGUAACUUCGCCUUUUUUACGAAAAUUAACUGCUUUACUUUAUCAAUUUUGUGAUUUGCGCGUUUUCCCACCCUUGAAAGAGUUCACUUCGGUUCCUUUGAGUUCUGAUUGGCUCCUUGUGAUAUUUCCUCUGUUCUGAUUGGUACCCGUGAUCAAAAACCAUUGUGCAUAUUUUUUCGUGAACUCACAAGAGUACAUACUUGAGGUAAGCCAAAGGGCAAACAAAAAUGACUUUCUUGUAACAGAAGCGGAUGUCUUCUCACCCUCUUGCCCAUUCUAUUUUUUUUUAUAAUUUUUUUUUUAUUUUUUAUUUUUAUACAUUUCAGGAGGCGACAUGAGUAAAAAUGUGAAUCCGUCGCAGAUGGCCAAACUCAAUCAACAGAUGGCCAAGAUGAUGGACCCCAGGGUCCUCCAACAAAUGGGUGCGUGUUCAGUGCGAUCAACCAGAAUUUUUCAACAAAUUUCUUUGUAUGAAGACAUUUCUUUUGCAGUGAAACUCUUUUCUCCAGUUACAUUACAGUUACGCCGACAAUUACGCCGUUUUAGCUUUGUCAAAAAUAAGGCACAAAUGGCGGUGAUACACACAGGAAAACGAAGCAUUUUAUUGAGCCCGACGGUUGCCAAAUUCUGCUUUCGCAGAUAUUUACCGGAUGAUAGGUCUAAGAUCACGCUACCCCUUUUAUAAGUGUAUGAUAAAUUUCGCUUUUGUUGUUUUCGCUGACAGUUUGAUUUCAUUUUCAGGCGGAACCCAGGGCCUCCAGUCCAUGAUGCGUCAGUUCCAACAAGGCGCGGCUGCUCAUGCGAGUGGGUCAAGAAAAUAAUCAAUAGUCAACCAGCCUCAACAAUACAAAAUUUUUUUAAUAGCUGUUUCGUUUCAAAUACAAUAUCAUAUAUUACACUAGCAAGUCGUUCUAACCAACUUCAACAACAUAGAGCUUUAUAUUAAGUAAUAAAACCCUUUCACUCCCAAGGUCAAAAUAUAAAUUCUCUACACUGUUUGCAUAUCUUUCUUAUAAUUUUAGCAUAGUGAAUUUGGUAUCAAAUCAAGCAACAUUCCUUGACUGGUAUUUUUCUAUCUUCUCAUUGCCUUUCUGAUGAAAAUGUAUUGGCACUGUAAGGAGAAAAUUCUCUUUGGUCACUCUUGGGAAUGAAAGAGUUCAACUGCUAUCUCAUAAAGGGGUAAUGUAGUACUAUCAACUGUGUUAAUAACGUAAAUCUGUCACCGUAGAAAGUUUGAAUAACGACCUGCUUCUAGGCACUCCCACUUUGUCAACGCGAAGAUUGGCCUGGUAGCGACUUGUGGGUUUCCAAGGGGGUUUUUUACUCCAAACCAUCGCUUUUUGCGCCCAAAACAAGGCAUAGUAGAUGGCGGAUAAGUGUCAGCGUAGUUGGUUAAUUCAGUGUCAAAAGUGUUUUGGGAUAGCUCUGGUCUGCUUCAAUACGGACUUGGUUUGUUCGAGAAACCCGCUUCAUCUUCCCAUUUAAUGUAAAAUGGCGUCUUGUUAGUUUGCGUGUUUCUAUUUAGGGUUCUCAAGGGCUGCCUGUGAAAAUUUCCACUGCUCUCGUUAGCCGUUGCUCUCGUUUUUUCGUUUUGUGACACUCAAUUGAAAUGCCCUCUAAAUGUAAAAGGAAAUAAGAAAUUAUCACUUAUUUCUUUCAAAAAACACAUUCUACUUGAAGCUUGAGGACUGAGACUCUCGAAGUUUACGUACUUGAACAAGUUCUCUUGUCCUCCAGAAUUGUCCAUGUUCAAAGGGCAGAAGGUGCCCAUCAGAUUGAGUUACAUUUAUUCGUAAUGUACAGAUGGAUUAUGAGAAAUAAAGUAAAGUACUCUGAG